AUGUUCUCCCUCAGACAGGUCGCCCGUAAUGGCGAUCGGCUGCGAUUGGGCAUGUCUUUGCCCAUCCGCCAAUUCUCUAUUUCUCACACAGUUGCCGCAGAGAAUGACGGGCAUUCAGCCACCCUCGCGCCGCGAACAAGCCCCCCCGGAACCCGACCUCCAGGCUCUCGGCCUCCAGGCACUAGACCCCAGAACCAGAACCAAAACAGACCUCGCCCUGCGAAGGCUCUAGAUGCGAGAUCUUUCGCCGCACCCCGCGCUGGUGGUGAACAACCACGAAUCAUCCGCAACCCCCGACUGCGUACUGGUGCUGGUGCCGGUCCCAAUCGAGGCGGAAAGCCGGGCCAAGGAAAGGGCAAGCCUAUGGGCAAGAAGGGUCGUGGAAAGGCCUUUGGUCGUCGAAACUCAAAGCAAAAUGAAAAGGAUGAUAGUGAGGAGAUCACCGCUGCUGCUAUUGAUCAAAUCGAGCUUGAUCAAGUUAUGAAGGCUCGUCCUGCGCCGAUUCGCUAUGAGCCUAAGGAUAUCGAUGUUUCUGCUCUCCAGGAAACUUGGCCUGCUUUCCCCACUGAUACUGCUGCUCGCUCCGCUGCUGUUGCUGAGAAGUUGGCUAGUCUGAGUGGUCGUUAUGCAAAUGGUUAUAUCCCUCCCUAUGAGCUUGGUCGACGACUCUGGAAGGGUGAGAAUGUUUUGUUUAACAGUGAGGCUGAGAGGUCAGAGGCUAUGGAGGAGGUUCAGCGCCUUUCUCAGGUUCGUGCCGAUAAGAUCUCUCAAAAGAAGGGUGAUCUUGUUGAACCAAAGAAGAUUGAGUUUGGUGGUCUUAAUGCUGAGGAUACUAAGUCCUUGAUUGACACUUACGCUUCUGGAAAGUACCCCUCUGUUGAAGUUGGUAAGGACCAGCCUGCUGUUCUUGCUGAGGUUAUGAAGAACCUCCGUAACAAUGGCACAUAUCAAACUGCUGGAAAGCGGCCACAAUUCCUGGCGAAGGUUGAAGCCCUGAUGGCUUCGAGUCGUGUCAAGCGGACUUGA